CGGGCGCCGGCGGGGUGCUGCAACUGGAGGCGGCGGAGCGUCCGGGCCAGGCUGCAGCGGCGGCUGCGGAGGACUGGAGCCCAGAUCAAGGACUGAGCUCUCUGCACCAUGAACCCCACCAUCGGCAUCGCUGUUCUGCUGACAGUCUUGCAGGUAGCCCGUGGGCAGAAAGUGACCAGCCUGACAGCCUGCCUGGUGGACCAGAGCCUCCGUCUGGACUGCCGCCAUGAGAACUCUACCACCUCGCCCAUCCAGUAUGAGUUCAGCAUAACCCGUGAGAAGAAGAAGCACGUGAUCUUUGGCACUAUGGGGGUGCCUGAGCACUCGUACCGCUCCCGAACCAACUUCACCAGCAAGUACAACAUCAAGGUCCUCUACUUAUCCAGCUUCACCACCAAGGACGAGGGGAUGUACACAUGUGAACUCCAGCUCUCCGGCCAGCCUACUACCACCUCCAGCAAGAAUGUCUCUGUGCUCAGAGACAAACUGGUCAAGUGUGAGGGCAUAAGCCUGUUGGCCCAGAACACCUCGUGGCUGUUGCUGCUCUUGCUCUCCCUGCCUCUCCUGCAGGCCAUGGACUUCAUCUCCCUGUGACUGGCUGGGCAGGAAGCCACAAGGCCCAGUCCAGAGACCCUACUUCUUGGAGUUGGCUGACCUCCCCCCUCAAUCCCUCACACACCCCGGGGAGAAAUGGGGACCCCACCCCUCACAAAGAACCCCAGUGCCGCAUGCCAUUAUCUACCCAUCACCCCGCCCCACUGCCGCUCACACCCUCCCCGCACGCCACUGGCUGUCUUUUUUUGGGUUGGUUUUUUGUUGUUGUUUUUUUACUCUUUGUUCCAGAGUUGCUUCUAUCUGGUUUAUCCUUCCUUUACUUUGGGAGUUUGUGAAAAGGGAAGCCAGGGUUGGGGUGUGAUGGACGGUGAGGGCAUGGGAGGGGUAGAAGGAUGGAGGGGUGCCAGUCCCUAGGGGGGAGGGGUCAUCCUUGCCCACCAGGACCAGAGGCCCCGGAGAGACCUGGAUGAGGAGAAGGAUGGGGUGCAUCUGGGCCUGGCACAUCCCCCAGCAGGCAGGAAGGGUGCCCGAAGACCCCGGAUGUGAGGGCACCGCCAAGCAUCUGGGGCCCAUCCCAAGAGGAGAGAAUGAGCAUGUCCAGGAGCACCCUCUGCUACAGCAAGAAGCCAUCUGUUUUCCACUGCCAAGGUGCCCUCGGGACCUCAGGCCUGGUGCGAAAACGCAGGUUCUGCCCGGGAGAAAUGCUAAUGGAGGGUUGGAGAAGGCGUAGAAGAGAGGGUCCAUCGGGCCUCUCUAACCUGAUGAAACUAAAACUGAGAGCCUGCUGUUGCUCACCACCUCAAGCAGUGGUUGAAAGGGCGGCAGAGGACAGGAGUCCUCCCAGCCUGGCCCAAGCUCUUAAGAGCUUCCAGAACUCUGACCUGCAAGGCAGUGAGUCGGGCCAGGUAGAGCCCCAGAGCGGAGCAGACGUUGGCCCAAGUGUUUGCGAGGCUCUUCCUUCCCUCCCCAGUCAGCUCCAGCCCCUCCCUCUGCUGGCCAGUGGACAAGCCUUGAGACCACCCUCUGCCCCACAGGCCUGCCCUCUCAGGGACCUGGCCUGGGGGCAGGAGGGGGGGGUGGUGUCUGAGGCAGCCCGUGCAUUGAGACCCAUAAGCGGGACAUGCCUCGAGCGAUGGCUUUUCCCAACACCCAGCUCCCCAGCCGCCGCUGUGCCCUGUCCUGUGACUGUGUGCCCUGCCACCACAGCUUAUUGUAACUCACUGAGGAAAAAGAAAACCGUAUAAUAAAACCAAGGCUCUGGAAUCCGU